AUGGAAGAACCUGUUCCACGCAACAAGCCAAAGCCAUCGACAUCACGGGACUAUCGCAUAUCGGAGUACGACGCCUACGAGAGUAAGCAAGGCAAGCAGCGGAAACCGAGCAAGCACAUUGAUGUACCAGGUCUAAAAACGGCACCGCUGGAAAAGGACCGGUCAUUCAGAGACAUGAUGAUGAGCUCGGCUAUAAGAAACCGAUCUGCUGACCGCCAGGGUGCGGCCGACUCGGACGACGACCGUCUCUCAGCGCCAAGGGAGGGGAGAGAAGGUCCAUUACUCUCAAAUUCGUUCAACGAGAAGACCGGGUCUAGCUUCCUAUCCAACAUCAAGCACUCAGGGACUAGAGCUGCCGAUGGUAUUGGAAAGGCUGGCAAAGGCAUCUUUUCGAAGCUCGCCCGCAGCGGUAGCAGCAACGAGAAGGAGCAUCCGGUAGUGGAGAGAGAUUAUGUACUGAGGACCAUCCGGCUUCCUUUAGUCGAGCAGACUCGUAAGACACGUAUCUCAAAGAAGCUGGAAACUUCGAGGGACAAGACCGAAUUCUGGAUGCCAGCGCUCCCUUGGAGGUGUAUUGAUUACCUGAACUUGAAAGGCUCCGAAGAAGAGGGCUUGUAUCGGGUACCGGGCAGCGAAAAGGAUGUCGCCUACUGGCAAAUGCGGUUCGAUCAGGAAAUUGACAUCAAUCUUUUCGAAGAGAAGGACUUGUACGAUAUAAACAUUAUCGCUACACUCUUCAAGCGCUGGCUCAGCUCUAUACCCGACGAGAUCUUCCCGAAAGCUACUCAGGCCCGCAUUGCGGCCGAAUGCAAGAACGCGAUUAAAACCCCGCAGCUGCUCAAGGAUGAGCUCUCCAAGCUCCCGCCCUACAACUACUAUCUCCUGUUCGCCAUCACGUGCCAUAUCAGCCUCCUUCACUCAUGCUCCGAAAGUAACAAGAUGAAUUAUCAUAAUCUUUGCAUCUGCUUCCAGCCAUGCAUGAAGAUGGACGCGUUUGUCUUCCAAUUCCUUGUUCUGGACUGGCGGAACUGCUGGCAGGGCUGCUGGACGGAGAAGGAAUACCUACAGGAAGAACAGCAGUACGCUGAGUCGGCACAGCAUUCAACAUCAUCCUUGCACUCGGAGCCGAGGAAGGGUUCGCAGACCAGCACAAACCAGACCAGCGAGCGCGCUAUAUCGUCUUCGGAAAGCAGUAAGCCGUCCAUUACCCGAAGCUCUACGCCCGAAAGACGUCUGCCGCCAACGAACACUUCAAAGCCGGAGCCAGCUGCCGAUGGUGAGGCGAAGCCGGCGCAAGCGAAUCGGCUGAAGCCGGAGCCAAAUCACUCACCCAGCCUAGCACCUCUCAAGCCGCUUUCGCCGAUCGGUUCUCUCUAA